AUGCGGGAUAAACCCGUCGCCUCUGUCUGUCUGUUCUCUUUAUUCCCACUCAGCUGCAGAUACACGAAUAGACGAGGUUUGUAUUUUUUUGUCUUCGACUGUCUUUGCACUGGUACAAGUGAUCUACAAAAAUACAGUAGUCACGAUGGAUCCGCACCUCUACUCAAAACACUCUCUCCUUUUCUUUCUUUCUUUCUUUCUCUUUCACUCUCUCUCUCUCUUUCUCUAACUCUCUCUAUCUCUCUCUUUCUCACUCUCUCUUUCUCUCCCUCUCUGUGCAUAAUCUGGACGACGAAAAGAAAAAUAAAAGCAAAACACCCAUUUGUCAUGUCUGUCUGUGUGUCUUCCUCAAUCGUAACGCUUCCCCGACCCAUCUUGAAUUGCUCUCUCUCUCUCUCUCUCUCUCUCUCUCUCUCUUUAUCCCUCUCUCUUAGUUUCUUUCUAGCUCACUUCGUUUCGAACUAUCUUUUUUAUCUCCCUACUAAAUUGUCUGUCUGUCUGUCCAUGCUCCUACGGGGAAAAGGAUUGAAUAAAAUCAAUUCAUGGAGUUUAAGGCUAGAAUAA